CCUGAAGGGAGGCGGCAGGGCCAAAGGGACCCCCGGCGCCCUGCCGCCAUCAGAGAUCAAGCAUCUGGCAUCAGGGAUCUUCGGACCCAGCAGAAGGAUCAGCCACAGGGGAGGUGUCCUCCCAGGGAAGCCAACGAGAGCUCCACCUGCCCCACAUCAGGAGUGCCCCCCCCAACGCUGCUGGCAACCAUACCAGGACCCUAACCCCUCAGCCUGCAACCCCAUCACCCUCCUCAGGCCCUUUCCUCCACCUCCAGCUCUAAUCUCAAACCCUAGUUCCCAGCGCCCCUGCUACCACCCUAACCCUCCAGGUCUUGGCCACACUGCCCCCCAUCCUGGGAUAUCUGCCAGAUCUCUGGGAGGGAGAUCGUUUGCUUGGGCUAUGCCCCCUGGUGGCAUGACAGUGUCUGCCUAGACCCCUGACCCCUAGCCCUCAACUCCCUGGGCCUCCUUUGUGUGAAUAGCGGCCCCUCUGCUCAGCACUGUGGUUGGGGCCAAAGGGAAAGCCAGCCCCAGCCACUUGCCUCCUUGCUGGGCAGCUCCCCCUGGCCUUCGGGCCUCUCCCUGCUCCCCUCGGCCCCUUCUCCUGGGCCGCCCCAAUGAAGGAACCGGAUGCCAUCAAGCUGUUUGUGGGGCAGAUACCGAGGCAUCUGGAGGAAAAGGACCUGAAACCCAUCUUCGAACAGUUUGGUCGGAUCUUCGAGCUGACUGUCAUCAAGGACAAGUACACCGGGCUGCACAAGGGAUGUGCCUUCCUGACAUACUGUGCCCGCGAUUCAGCCCUGAAGGCCCAGAGCGCCCUGCACGAACAGAAGACGCUUCCAGGGAUGAACAGGCCGAUCCAGGUCAAGCCAGCCGACAGCGAGAGCCGAGGAGAGCCAUCGGUUCGGGAAGACCGGAAGCUCUUUGUGGGGAUGCUAGGGAAGCAGCAGACAGAUGAGGACGUCCGGAAGAUGUUCGAGCCUUUCGGGACCAUAGACGAGUGCACUGUGCUCCGGGGCCCAGACGGCACCAGCAAAGGCUGCGCCUUCGUGAAGUUCCAGACCCACGCCGAGGCCCAGGCAGCCAUCAACACCCUUCACAGCAGCCGGACCCUGCCGGGUGCCUCGUCCAGCCUGGUGGUGAAGUUUGCUGACACGGAGAAGGAGCGAGGUCUCCGCCGAAUGCAGCAGGUGGCCACCCAGCUGGGCAUGUUCAGCCCCAUCGCCCUCCAGUUCGGAGCCUACAGCGCCUACACCCAGGCCCUGAUGCAGCAGCAGGCGGCCCUGGUAGCGGCUCACAGUGCCUACCUCAGCCCCAUGGCCACCAUGGCUGCCGUGCAGAUGCAGCACAUGGCCGCCAUCAAUGCCAAUGGCCUCAUCGCCACCCCCAUCACCCCAUCCUCAGGAACCAGCACCCCUCCUGCCAUCGCUGCCACGCCCGUCUCUGCAAUCCCUGCUGCCCUGGGCGUCAACGGCUACAGCCCGGUGCCCACCCAGCCCACUGGGCAGCCUGCCCCUGAUGCUCUGUAUCCCAACGGGGUUCACCCCUACCCAGCCCAGAGCCCCGCGGCCCCCGUGGACCCCCUGCAGCAGGCCUACGCGGGGAUGCAGCACUAUACAGCAGCCUACCCGGCAGCCUACAGCCUGGUGGCGCCCGCGUUCCCACAGCCUCCUGCCCUGGUGGCCCAGCAGCCUCCGCCUCCCCCCCAGCAGCAGCAGCAGCAGCAGCAGCAGCAGCAGCAGCAACGGGAAGGCCCUGAUGGCUGCAACAUCUUCAUCUACCACCUGCCCCAGGAGUUCACCGACUCAGAGAUCCUCCAGAUGUUUGUCCCCUUUGGCCACGUCAUCUCAGCCAAAGUCUUUGUUGACCGGGCCACCAAUCAGAGCAAGUGUUUUGGCUUUGUGAGUUUCGACAAUCCAGCCAGUGCCCAGGCUGCCAUCCAGGCCAUGAACGGUUUCCAGAUUGGCAUGAAGCGCCUCAAAGUCCAGCUAAAGCGGCCUAAGGAUGCCAACCGGCCCUACUGAGGGCCCCAGGCCUGGAGACACCAGAGGAAGGGGCGCCUCACCCCCUCGCCCCGUGACUGGCCCCAGCCCUCUCUGCACAUCCGCCCUGGGCCUUGAUUGGGCUCUGGGGCAAAUGCUGCUUCAUGGCCCUGGGGGCACAGGACACCGGCCCACUCCCACCACCCCGCCUCCCCGAAGGGCCUGUUUCCUCCCAGGUGCCCUUUUGGCCUUUGUGCGGGAGCAAGGAACAGGCUCGAAGGCUCUGGGGUAUCUGCCUUCUGCUGGGGCUCCUGUGACGGGCCUUCUGCGCCCAGCCUUCGCACUUGCCUCCCCCAGCGGCGGGCCUCUUCUACCUGUGCGGCCCGGGAGGGCAGCGGGGGCCUCCCACAUGCUCCCUGCCCACCCUUGCCCCAGCCUUGCCCCCAUAUUCGGGGUUUCUCAGAAGCUGGUUCUCACACUCCCUGUGGCCACCCUCAGCUCGAGGUAGGAUAUCCCUGAACCCUGGGCUCCCAGCCCUAAAACUCACUGCCUCCCCCAAGGGCCCCCUCCAAGGAGAACGUGGAGGAGCCCUGAGGGCUGCCUGUCCGCCAGUCAGC